AUGCAGCAGGGCCCUCGACGCCCCAGGGAAGGCCGGGGGGAAUUUGCACCCGGCCCCUCAUUUCGACGCGCGAAGGGAGAGGCGGCGCCAACCGCGCGGAGUCCGUCCCAAGCGCAGCACCGCCUCCCUACCCGGCAUGCCUUUCGCGGGGGGGGGAGAAGGAAACAUGGCCGCCGCCUUUAGCCGGCGGUGAGGCGGCUGCGGCGUGAAGGGGCGGCCGCGAUGCUGCUGUGCCGCGAGUGGGCCCGGCGGGUGGCGCGCUGGGCCCCCUGCGGGCAACGCCGCACCAAGACGGGCUACGGGCCUCGGCGGCCCAAGGGCCCGCUGCCCCGCACCCCCUGGACGGUUCGCGGGCCGCCGCCCGGCGCGAAGCUGCCCUGGUACUUACGGAAGGUGCCGCCGGUGCGGGAGCAGGUGCCCGAGCUCGACGUGGUGACGUACGCGGGCAAGAUGUACCGCGUGCCCUGGCUGGCCAAGCCCCGCCACGAGAAGUGGGAGCGGGGCUGGCACGACCGCCGCCACGACGGGCCCUGCCCGGACGCCCUGCCCGCCUACAAAGAGCGGCCUUGCUACGUCUGCCAGCAGCUGACGCGCAUGCUGGAAGGAGUAAAGCAAGCAUCAUGGCUAACGAAGACAAAGGUGAUAGAUGGUUUACCUCAGCAAAUACAUACCAUAAUGACUGACACAGCUAAUGAACUGGAGAAUCAGGAUGAAAGAGUCCAAAAUGCAAUCUCUCAUGCACGCUUCUGGGUUAGCAGUGAGGAGGAGAUCAUGGAAGAAACUUAUUGCCCCGUACUUCUGGAAGACUUGCUUAACUUGUGCAGGGCUAUGGCUACCAAACAUCCCUUGCUGGCCAAACGAAUGGUGACUCAAGACUAUAGAGUGUCAGCAACGUGGGAAAGAGAAUCACUUCUUCUUCAGGUUCGUGGUAUCAACGGGAAACUUUUGAAUGCUGUGAAUCCUUUGGAACCUGUAGCAUCUAAGGAUGAAAUAUUAGCCACUGAAAAUGAUGUUUUAGAACCCUUAUAUCCUAUUGCACCCACAAUAGACCUUCAAGAAGUUAAUAAAUAUGAAACAAGAAAUGAUACAGGUUUCCAAGCGGGUUACCCUUAUCCUCAUCCUCACACUGUAUAUUUUGCUCAUGGUGACAAAUACCAUAGAAUGCGACCAGCACAGCUUCGGGCUAAAAUGUUGAUGUUUGCUUUUGGGAACGCUCUGGCUAAGGCUAGGACACUAUAUGGGGAUGAACCCAGAGUCUUGGAGAAACCCAUUGUUGUCCAAAGUGUUGGCACAGAUGGCCAAGCGUUCCACUUCCUGGUGUUCCAGUUAAACACCACUGAUUUAGAUCCUAGCCAUGGUGUUAAAAACUUGGCCUGGAUAGAUGCAGACCAACUUCUGUAUGAAGAUGCCAGGUAUCAACCAGAAAUCAAGAAGAAAGUGGUCACGAUUCCUGCUGGAAUACAUGGCUAUCAGCCAGCUACAUUCAAGAAGUUCCUGGCAUUCUACUUGCACGGUGUUGUGUGAGGCUUCUCAAAAGUCUUUAAAUAAACCUGCCUCUGUCGUGUUUCCUUUGAUGUUGGGCUUAUACUAUAU